CACCGAUAUGUCGAGCACAAAUCCCCAGAAGAGACUUCUUGAUGCACCUUUUGAAGACUUUGCAUCGUCCCUCCUCCCACUCUAUUCUGGCCCCCAAGUCACGAUUCGCAUCGGUUCUGCAAGCCACGAAUAUACUCUCCCGAAAGCCCUCCUCUGCAAGUAAUCCCCAUAUUUCGCAGCUGCGUUCGAAGAAAACUUUAAGGAGGGCGAAGACCAGUCAACAACUUUAGAAGAGAUAGAUGGUGUUGUUUCAACUCGAAGCUUUCAAAUGCUGUCGUAGUGGCUACGCCUCAGCCCAGUCGUCUCCGGCGAGUCAAUACCAGAGGAAACCAUUGUUAGAUUGGCGGAUAUGUACGGCGUAACUGAUAUAGAGUCUCGAGUAGCUAGAAAUAUGAAGAAGGUUUAUUAUAGCCAACUCCUCUCCACCUUUAAAAGAUUUCUUCGCGACGAGACUCGGACACGAACACCUAUUGCCUCACAUCUUAG